UCGCUUCUGUCGAUCGUCACUUCACCUCAGAAGCAGUCAUUGAAAGAUCUUGAAAAAGUGGUUGAGGAUCCGGGUCAGGAAGGAAGCUUAUCUCCCUCCUUUCGGGGGGAUACAGAGAGGAUGCGAAAGGGGCUCCAAACGUCAAGCCCCUCCCGGGAGGGAUCUGACUCUUCUCCUUUGUUUGAUGACAUACCUAUCAAAUGGAAAGGUUUGACACUUGACCAGGCCAAAUGGACAUUCACCUCUAAGGAACUCCAGAGCCUGGUUGCCCAAGCGAUUGUUCAGUCCACUGCUGUCACAUCGAUACGAUUGCUGAGCGAGGAGGUAUUGGAAAAAGAAUUGCCUGUUGAACUGGAGCGCCUCGAGGACCUACGCGACAGCAUCAAGAGUAGGUUGCAAUAUCAAAUCCGCCGAAGAAAUGUCAUUCUCCGUUCUUUGCCCCUGCAUGUUGACGGUCCUGAUGUCAAAACGGCUCGACGUUUGAUGUCAGACUUGACAAAGGUAUCUCAUUGGUUCGAAAAGUUGACAUCGGAGCUAUACACUGUCAUGGACCAAAUUGCGCAAAUUCGGCAAUUGCGUGAUAAUCAUUUGGCUAGUGCCCUUAUGAUGGGUUUGCAGAAGAUGAAUGGGGCCUUUUUACGUGUAUCCUCUGAGAAUGAGCUGCUCUCUCAAACUUUGAUUGACGUGGAGGCGGAGCGAGAUGAAGGAUGGGGGAAGGCGCUGGAGGUUGAACGGGAGUUGGACGAAAUGCGAGGAAAGUUAGCUGUUCCACAGAGUGGCGAUUCAGCCAUUGACUGUGGUCCCAGUAGUGGUCAUCGCAGCAGAGUGUCAGCUGCACGGAAGACUAGUUCCCGGGCCUCGAAAGCUAGUCUUCGCACCAAUCACCCUCUUAGAAGUGCUCGUCCGUCCCACAGCGGCAUGAAAUUUGGUAGUCUCACAUUCCCUUACCCACCUUCCUCUAUGGCAUUUGAUUCAGUUGAUACCAGCGCUCCCCCCGUACCUGACCUUCUCUCCCCGACUCGGCAAAGCAUGGACCGGCAUGAUUCAAUGACAUCGCGACUAACUUCCACUCCCUCUGUUACUCGCGCUAUGUUCCUCGCUCAACACGAAGUUCUAGAACUUCUAGGGCUUUCCACCGCAGAUCUUGACGAUCUUGGAAGACAUGAUAAAGGGAAGACUCGAUCGUGGUCUGCUUCGCAGUUGACAGAUCUCCCUCUAACAACCUCAUCACGACGGUCUUCAGCCCACCUCCCUUACAGUCCUCGAUAUUUUUAAACUUCAACACUUCAAAUCACCGCACACGUUAAUUCAAGUAAUCACUGAAUAUGAUCAUACAUGAAUAUCCGGCGCGCUGCCGCAUAAGUUAGCGAUU